ACUUCUCCCCCUUCACCGCCACCAUGCGCUCCCCGAUCCGACCUCUUCUCCUCCUCCUCCCCACCAUCCUCUCCGCCCUCGAUCUCACCGCCGCCGCCGCGGACGAUGACGACACCCUCAGGACGUACCUGGUGGUCGUCUGCCGGAUGAAUGGCCCCAAGGAAGGCGGCGAGCCGCUGCGCGCGUGGCACGCCUCGCUGCUCGCCUCCGUGCUCAACAGCACAACCGACGCGAUCCUCUACGGCGCUGGCGCCGGCGGCAACAGGGGCGCGCCGGUGAUCGGCGGGGAGAGACUGGUCUACUCCUACCAGCACGUCGUCAGCGGGUUCACCGCCCGGCUCAGGCCGCGCGAGGCGGCGGCCAUGGCGAGGCUGCAGUGGUGCGUCGACGCCGUCCCGGACUCCACGUACACCCUCACCACCACGGACACGCCGCGGCUGCUCGGCAUGAGCACCCCGCGGACCGGGGCGUGGAGCGUGGCCGGGAACAUGGGCGACGGCGUCAUCGUCGGCGUCCUCGACAACGGCGUCGACCCGCGCCACGUCUCGUUCGGGGACGAGGGGAUGCGGCCGCCGCCGGCCAAGUGGCGCGGCAAGUGCGACUUCGGCGGCGCGCCGUGCAACAACAAGCUCAUCGGCGGGCGGGCCAAGACGCUGGAGGACCACGGCACGCACACGUCGGGCACCGCCGUGGGCGCCUUCGUCAGGGACGUCAUGGUGGAGGGGUCCAACCUCGGGAUGGCCUCCGGCAUGGCGCCCCGCGCGCACCUGGCGAUGUACGAGGUGUGCCUCGCCGACAUGUGCUCCGCCACGGAGAUGCUCACCGCCACGGAGAGGGGCGCCUUCCUCGACGGCGUCGACGUGCUCUCCAUCUCCGCCUCCGACAACAAGCAGAAGCCCUUCUACGACGACCUCAUCGCCGUCGGGAGCUUCUCCGCCGUCAUGGCGGGCGUCUUCUUCAGCACCAGCGCCGGGAACGCCGGCCCGACCGCCGAGACAGUCACCAACUGCGCGCCGUGGCAGCUCACCGUCGGCGCGAGCACCAUGGGACGGCGCGUAAUCUCCAAGGUCCAGCUCGGCAACGGGCUGGUGAUCUACGGCGAGGCUUCCAGGAGGUACAAACGCGUCCAGAACAAGCCGAUCGUCUACGUCGGCGGCAGGUUCGCCGACGGCGCGCUGAAGGCGGUCGACGUCCGGGACAAGAUCGUGCUCUGCAAUCGCGUCGAAAGUGCAGCCAUGCUCGAGAAGAUGGUCGCCGACGCCGGCGGCGUGGGCAUGAUCGCCAUCUCCACCCAGAUGCAGUUCCUCGCGACAACACCACUCGGCGCCAACUUCAUGCCCCUGUCGCGCGUCAGCUACCCCGACGGCGAGACGAUCAAGGCGUACAUCAACUCCACGGCGAACCCCAUGGCGAGCCUCCGCUUCGCCGGCGUUGUGCUGAACGCGUCCGCGCUGCCGGCCAUCGCCGAGUACUCCUCGAGAGGGCCAUGCGACCUGCCCAACAUCGGCGUGCUCAAGCCGGACAUCACCGGCCCCGGCACGAACAUCGUCGCGGCCGUCCCGGACAAGAGCCCCGGCGCGAACGCCACCGCGGCGCCCACCCGCACCUUCAGCGCGAAGAGCGGCACGUCCAUGUCAGCGCCGCACCUCGCCGGGAUCGCGGCCGUGAUAAAGAAGGCUCACCCGGAGUGGUCACCGGCCGUGAUCAAGUCGGCGAUGAUGACGACGGCCGACGUGACGCACCGUGACGGCACGCCGGUGAUCGACCUGUCGACGGGCGCGCCGGCGAGCUACUUCGCCAUGGGCGCCGGGCUGGUGAACCCGACCAAGGCGCUGGACCCGGGGCUCGUCUACGACCUCACCGCCGACGACUUGGUCCCCUACAUCUGCGGCCUCGGCUACAACGACAGCUUCGUCAACGACAUGAUCGCGCAGCCGCUGAAGAACGUCACUUGCGCCAAGUCCAAGAAGAUCCAAGGCAAGGACCUCAACUACCCGUCCUUCUUGGUGACGCUCACCGCGGCGGCGCCGGUGGCCACGGCGAGGCGCACGGCGACCAACAUCGGGAAGCAGCCGCUCGAGGUGUACAGAGCGGAGGUCGUCGCGCCGCCGGGCGUCGCCGUCGAGGUGGUGCCGAACAGGCUGGAGUUCGGCGGCGCCGCGCUCCAGAGGAGGGAGUUCACCGUCAAGUUCACGAGAGGCCGCAACGCCGCCGUCAAUGGCGCGGCGGAGGGCAGCUUGCGGUGGGUCUCAGGCAAGCAUUCCGUUCGAAGCCCGCUCGCCGUUCUCUUGAAGCCAUGAAUGGAUCAUCGGUUGUAGGGUUAGCGAUGAUCGAUUCUAAAUAGGAUCAUUAGUGGAAGAAAAUUAGAUCAAAGUAUGCGGUUAAUAAGAUCGCCUUGUCUAAGCUCUCUGUUUGGUGUUUGCUAUAUAAAAUCAGUUUCAGUAGGCAACUUUUGUGUGUGAUUUUCAUUUUAAAAUCCACAAA